AACCUAUUUUAUUAACUUCAAAAAUUUCUUCAACAAAUACAGGUAAAAAAACAAUAUGUAUUCAAUUUAGGUUGUUAAACUAUCUAAAUCAUAGACUUUUGAUACACGCCCUCCAGUUCCAAAUUAGCUGAAACUUGUAAAAAUGUCAAUAAUAGUCCAGUAUGUAGUAAUACGAGGAGAUCUGCUAAAAGAAUUAAAGUGGCCUGUGGGGGCCCUAAUUGCACAAGCCUGCCAUGCAGUAACAGCCGUAACUCAUAUGUUUUACGAAGAUGAACAAACCAAACUGUACCUCCAAGAUUUGGAUAAUAUGCAUAAAAUCGUAUUGGAAGCUCCAGACGAACAGAGCAUAAUUAGCUUGAAAAAUACGUUAGAAGAAAAGGGCAUCAGUCACAAAACGUGGAUUGAACAGCCUGAAAAUAUAGCAACUUGCAUAGCAGUAAAGCCUUACCCCAAAGAAGAGAUACAAAGGUAUUUUAAAAAGUUCAAAUUGUUCAAAACAUGAAUUUUUACAACUCUACCUUUAUUGAUAUACAAAUAAACUUUUUAUUUACAGUUACAGACAAA